GCUUCGCUUGCUGCUUCCGCAUGGCCCGCUGGCCAGUUGCUCGUCACGUAUCCUUCGGUGCCUUCACGGAAGCAUCUCGCCAGCUUGGUUUCCUGCCCGAGCGCUCCCACCAGCAGUUCGCAAGAAUUCAUCCCGAGGCUCUCCUCCGACCUUAGUGCGGCAGAUCCUGUGCUCCAAGCCUUCGCGGCCUCAGCAUCCCGGAUCCUUGUGCUGCCUCAAGGCCGGAAGACGGGAGGAGCCCACACUGAGCUGACCUCUUUGAUUCUCUUUGGAGGAGGUGCCCGCCUGGCCGGCCCGGCAUCGACCUAUUUCGGCUUGGGCCAGUUCCAGCUUGGAAGCUUCGAGAUGUUCGCUUCGGUCGAGGCGCUGGCAGCCUGGCUUGAAUUGAUCCUUUGUGGGCACAGCUACGGGGUCACCGUGGCACGCAGCGUUGCACUUCAACUUUGCACCUGUGGCCUGGAUGUCCGGGGCCUGGUGGCCAUCGACCCACGUUGUUUGGACUUUGCAUCCCUCGAGCUCCUUUCCGCCGAGAGCCUCACCUCAGUGCCCCGCAGCCUCGCGCAGUCUCUGUCCUUUCCGUUUUAUCGCCUCGACGCGCUGGAGCUCGAGUUCGUUGCCCCACUGGGGCCUCACAAGGCCCUUCGGGCUCGGGUUUUUGUGCAUUUGGCCAGAGGCCUAGCUGCAUCCUGGGCUUACCAGCUCUCCAAGCGAUCGGCGUACCAUCUCCUCGAUGCCGACCAUUUCAGCGUGGGUGGCGUGCAGGCUUGGGACAUGUCCGACCGCAUCAAGAG